CACUUGUGCAUUGUUGUCCUUUCACUUCACUGCUGCCUGCUCGGCCAUGACCGUGACUGUUGAGUCGGUGAAUGCACGUGAAGUGACAUGGCCGAGGUGGAGAUUGCGACCAGCUUCGGCGCGGAGCUGAAGGAUGGCUUCAAGCCCGUGAAUGCCUGGGUGUCAGGCGGCAUCGCCUGGCUGAACGACAUUGAGCAGUUCUACCGCGAACGUCAUGCCAUUGAGAAGGAGUACAGCCAGAAGCUGAACGCUCUGGCAAAGAAAUACUAUGAGAAGAAGGCAAAGAAGACCAGCAGCCUGAGCGUGGGCGACACUCCGACAGUAACUCCGGGCUCUCUCGAGAGCGCAUCGAUGACCACGUGGACGGUCCAGCUCACGACACUGGAAGGACGGGCGAACGAGCACGAUCGCUUUGCGAAUGCCUUGAUCGGUCACGUUGCAGAGCCACUAAAGCACCUUGCUGCGAAGUACGAGGACUUGCGCAAGUCCCACGCCGACUAUGCUGCCAAGCUGGAGAAGGAGCGAGAUGGCAGCUACGCGGACUUGAAGAAGACCAAGAGCAAAUACGACAGUACUUGUCAAGAGGUCGAGAACAAACGGAAAAAGACCGAGAGUAGUUUCGACCAUGGCAAGCAAAAGGCACAAGCUGCCUUUCAGCAGCAACAGGCGGAGAUGAGGAACAUGAAGAACACGUACUUGAUCGCAAUCAAUGUUACGAACAAGCAGAAGGAACGAUAUUAUCACGACUAUGUUCCUGAUCUUCUCGAUUCGCUCCAGUCUCUGUCUGAAGCCCGAACUGCAGCUUUGAAUGGCUUGUGGCUGACUGCAGCUUCUAUGGAGACUCAGGCCAUGAAGAACUCGACCCAGCUGUUGGAUCACCUUUCGGCAGAGAUCCCACGCAACAACCCCGUCCUUGAUAGCAUGAUGUUUGCUCGGCACAAUGCGAUACAAUGGCAAGAUCCUCCGGACUUUGUCUUUGAGCCAGCUCCGGUAUGGUUGGACGAUGAUGUGAUGGCAUCAGAUCCUAUGAGCAAGACUUUCCUCAUGAACAUCUUGUCCAAGUCCAAGUCGUCAUUAGGAGAGCUGAAACGAGAAUGCGAAGCAAAACAACGUGAAGUCGAGGGCGCGAAGCGUGUUAGGCAGGCGAUUCGCGAGGGUAAAGAUAAGCGGGAUGAGGUGGAAGUCGUGCGGGCACAGUUUCACCACCAGGAAUUGCUGCACGAGGCAGAGCGGAAACGAGUCACAGCAGAGGUCGAAGUGAGCACCAUCACGUCUGCUGUCGGUGACGUGUCCGUGGGAGCUCGAAACCACAAGUUCAAGAAUCAGACAUACAAGAUACCCACGAGUUGCGACUUGUGCGGUGACCGAUUAUGGGGACUGAAUGCCAAAGGGUUAAGCUGCGAAGACUGUGGGUUUACUUGUCAUACGAAAUGCGAACUUAAGGUUCCUGCAGAUUGCCCAGGCGAGCUCAACAAGGAGCAAAAGAAGUCAGCAAAGGCUUCGCGACAAGCCGCAGCACAAGCCGCCCAAGCCGCGCCCCCUCCGCCAUCAAGUAAUGGCGACCACGCCAGUGACAGUCGUCCUCAGAGCUUGCAGAGGAGCGACACCAUUGGGUCGAUGAAUACUUUGAGCUCUGGAUAUGCAGCAAGUGCAAACCGCAGCGUAUCAGGUAUGACGAUUCGUUCAUCAGCAGACGAACCUCCGUCUGCCACUUCCACAGCACCCACGAGCAAGAUCUCUACAAGCAGUAGUACUGCCCGGCAUCGUGUGAUGGCACCGCCUCCGGCAGCUUACAUUAAGCCCAGCGAUGGAGACCCUGCCUCGCUGGUGGAGCAGAAAGGCAAAAUGCUAUAUGCUUACACCGCCGGAGGCGAAGGCGAGAUCUCCGUCGCCGAAGGGGACUCUUUCACCCUCGUGGAGCCCGAUGAUGGGUCAGGAUGGAUCAAAGUCAAACCUAAUACGUUUGGUUCGGUCGCCGGGCUCGUACCAGCUUCAUAUGCCGAAUUAUCGGCACCUCCUAUCCCAUCGAAAGCCUCACUGGGUCAUGACGUCCGGCCUGUCAGCGCGGCUGCUUCGAACCACUCCACGGCGUCUCUCACGGGAAGCGAUGACGGAGCACCUAGACCUAAGAAACAGGGGCCCGCUGUCGCGCCCAGAAGGAGAGGUGCCGCGGCGAAGAAGUAUGUCGAAGCUAUGUAUACCUACCAAGCUAAUGGGCCUGGUGAGGUUGAUAUGGAUGAGGGAGAGAAGAUGGUCCUUGUCAAGGCGGAUGAGGGUGAUGGGUGGUGCGAGGUGGAGAGCAGGGCUGGAAAGGGUGUGGUGCCUGCAAGUUGGGUAAAGGAAUUGUAGCCGGCUUGCAUAAGCAUUUGUGCCAGUUGUGAUAGAUCUUAUUUCCUGACAUUGUUCCUUUUGCGGAGAUGUGCAUAGCGGGCCACGGAAGCGAUAAAAUGCGUAGCAUUGAAGUAAGAAUAAGAGAAACUCAGCACAGAUGAAGAAUGUC